UGGGGGAAAACUUGCUGAGUCAUCAGCGGUCGAUGAAUAAUAAAUAAACCGUUAUCGUGGUCGUGUUGCUAGCAGACUGGAAGAGUCACAACAGGAUGGGAAGACUUGAGCGGUCAAGGCAGAAGAGUUGAUAGCGGACCAGACCACUUGUCAGUGCAUGGAGGCGGACGCGCAGGCCGAGGGUGUCGUGGGCUCUCUGGACCUGAGCCACCUGACGGAGGAGGAGCAGGAUACCAUCUUGCAGGUGCUGCUGCGAGACAUGGACCUGCGACGCCAAGACGAAGGACGCGUAAGGAUGCUGGCGCAGAGGAAGGCCGACCCGACGCGGCUGCACUCGCAGUCCGGGGCGUGGUUCCGCGAGGCGUCCAGCAGGCGGCACCGCGGCCGUAUGUCGGGCUCGGACCUGGUGUGCGCCACCAUACGCCGCCGCGCGCCAAAGGCCAACGCAACAGAGACGCAGAGGGUCGGACCGCUCGACGGCGAGGAGGCGGACCGGACGAGCACCCCGUCCCCGGGGGUGGCCGAGACGCGAAUGAGGGAGUCGGCGGAGGACAGCCCGAAGAGUCCAUCCAGUUUUGGCUCUGCGCCCAGUCGGAAAAGAACGGCAACGAAGGAAGUGUAUAAGCAUUACAGGAGGGAGUCUGUGUCUCUGUGCAGCAUCCUGAGCGACUCUGAGCCUUUGUCUUUUCAAAAAAACAACUUUCACUCUAGCUAUACGCUGAGCGGCGGCAUGAUGAGUCUGUUCAGCUCGGGGGUCUUCGGCGUGGCGGAGGUGCGCGGCCGCGUGCAGUUCUCGCUGGCCUACGCCGGCCACAAGGAGGAGCUGCGCGUCAAGGUGCACCGCUGCGAGGACAUCUCGGCGGUGGCCGAGGAGAACCGCUCCGACCCAUACGUCAAAUGUUAUCUGCUGCCCGACAUGUCGAGUCGCAGCAAGAGGAAGACGGCAGUAAAGAGGCGGACGCAGAAUCCCGUCUACGAGCAGACGCUCAAAUACAAAGUGCGCAGAAAUGAGCUGAAAAGUCGCACCCUGAACCUGUCCGUGUGGCACGCCGAGCCCCUGGCCAGGAACGUCUUCCUGGGUGAGGUGGAGGUGGCGCUGGGCCUCUGGGACUGGACCUGCACGCAGCCGCUCUGGCAGGACCUGCAGCCACGGUUCUGCUUGAUGCUCGACUGCGUCAGCAGCCGCGGCACCCUUUUGUUCUCCAUCAAGUUCAUCCCGGAGGGAUUUGAGAGUUGUUCGCCACUCACGGGGGAACUUCACAUUUGGCUUCAGGAGGCUCAGGGGCUGCUGUCUAAAAAAGGGGGCGCCGUCGACUCGUUUGUCAGAAGUUGCAUCCUGCCGGACGCCGGCUGCCAGAGCGGCCAGAAGACUCAGGUGGUGAAGCGCUCCGUCAGCCCGUCGUACAACCACACCAUGGUGUACGACGGCUUCCGGAGCAGCGACCUGCGCGAGGCCUGCGCCGAGCUGAGCGUGUGGCAGCGCGAGGGCUUCAAGAUGGACAUGAUCGGCGGGAUUCGGCUCAGCUGCGGGACCGGUCGGAGUUACGGGGAGGCGGUCAAGUGGAUGGACUCCACGGAAGAAGAAGUUUCCUUGUGGACCUCCGUGAUCAAGAACCCAAACCACUGGAUCGAAGCCACGCUGCCCAUCAGGACCAACCUGACGCGCCGCUCCUCCGAUUGACGACGUGCGCACGUGUGGGCACGCGGACUGAAAACAUUUGCUACGUGGCGCUUUUUAAAUCAUUUCUCUCAAAGUAGAUCUUGUACAGUAAAUGAACAGAGCAGAUCAA